ACCAAAGUCGGCGGGCCCGGCCUGGGUGGUGGUGGGUGGAUACUGCCAAGGAGAGACAUUUGUGAUGGGAGAAUCAUGCCUGCAAGGUCCCAUUAUGGUUCAAACCUGCUCGCUGAGGCUGUGAUCUUGGCAAGUAGAAAGAGCCAAGGUUGGGGGGUCACAGAGUCCUUGGUUCAAACCCUGGGAUGAUGCUGCAAGGCUGUGUGAGCCUGGGAGAGUCACUUCGUCUCUCUGAGUGAGGCUUUAUUUGCAAAUCUAUGCCUUCAUUUGCAAAUCUAUGCCGUAAGGGGGGACGGGCUUGGAGCAGCGAAGAUGUUCCAGGCGCCAGGCAAACUUCUAGGCUCUGGGAUACAUCACACACAAGACAGGCUGAGGCCCUCCUCUUUGAGGCUUAGGGAGGUUCAGUUCCUCUCCCGGACCUCCGUUUUCCCAGCUACAAAACAGGAUGCCUCUGGGGGCCCUCUCAGCUCCUAAGAGCCUUUGGGAGGCUGAGAAGGCUGGAGGAGAGGCUUCCAAGGCCGCCCAGCCCAGACUGUAGGGGUGGGCCAUGGGGGAGGUGGGAGAGGGGACAGGAGCCCGGCCAAAUGCUGAGGGAAGGGUUUCCAGUUUCCCCGCCGGGCUCCCACGCCCACGGACCCUGAUCAAGCCCCUGCAUUCGGCCUGGGGCCGGGGGCCGCCGGAGGAAGCUUAGACCAGGCUGGAGAGGCAACAGUGGAGGCAGCAGGCUGGGAGAGGGGCAGCCUUCGGUUUAGGUGUUCUUGGCACACAGAGAAUGGAGGCUGAGGAUUACAACACCUCCUACGAGGACUACCCCGAUGACGUGGACCCCAUCGUGGUUCUGGAGGAGUUAUCCCCCCUGGAAGGCAGAGUGGUCAGGAUCCUUCUGGUGGCAGUCUACAGCAUCAUCUGCCUCCUCGGGAUCCUGGGCAAUGGCUUGGUGAUCGUCAUGAUCACCUGCAAGAUGAAGAGGACGGUGAACACCGUCUGGUUCCUCAACCUGGCGGUGGCCGACUUCCUAUUCAAUGUCUUCCUCCCCGUCCACAUCGCCUAUGCCGCCCUGGACUACCACUGGGUGUUCGGGACGGCCAUGUGCAAGAUCAGCAACUUCCUGCUCAUCCACAACAUGUUCACCAGCGUCUUCCUGCUGACCGUCAUCAGCUUCGACCGCUGCGUCUCCGUGCUCCUCCCCGUCUGGUCCCAGAACCACCGCAGCGUCCGGCUCGCUUACACGGCCUGCCUGGUCAUCUGGGUCCUGGCUUUUUUCUUGAGUUCCCCGUCCCUUGUCUUCCGGGACACGGCCCGCCUGCAUGGGAAGAUAUCCUGCUUUAACAACUUCAGCCUGUCGGCCGCCGGCUCUUCACCUUGGCCGGCUCACCCCCAGGUGGACCCGGUGGGCUCCGGCCGGCACAUGGUGGUGACCAUCACCCGCUUCCUCUGUGGCUUCCUGGUGCCGGGUCUCAUCACCACCGCCUGCUACCUCACCAUCGUCUACAAGCUGCAGCGCAGCCGCCUGGCCAAGACCAAGAAGCCCUUCAAGAUCAUCCUGACCAUCAUCGUCACCUUCUUCCUCUGCUGGUGCCCCUACCACACCUUCUACCUCCUGGAGCUCCGUCGUGGCUCCGUGCCUCCCUCCGUCUUCAGCCUGGGCGUGCCCCUGGCCACCGCCAUCGCCAUCGCCAACAGCUGCAUGAACCCCAUCCUGUACGUCUUCAUGGGUCAGGACUUCAAGAAGUUCAGGGUGGCCCUCUUCUCCCGUCUGGUUAAUGCCCUGAGUGAGGACACAGGCCAUUCCUCCUACCCCAGCCACAGGAGCUUUACCAAGAUGUCAUCUGUGAACGAGAGGGAGACUGGCAUGCUCUGAGCCUUGCCCGGAAAUCCCCCAGUGGAUGCUCCCAACCUUGGAGGAGGCUCAAAGCUACAGCUUCUUGAGACCAUGGCAGGAACCCUACCCACGCCCCCCACAGCGGACACUCCCAACCUUGGAGACUCAAAGCUAUGCCUUCUGGACACCACAACAGGAACCUCUUGGGCAACCCACAGAUGCCCACUGUAUUUUACGUGGGGCUGAGCAGUGUUUUUGAGCUGGGAAUCCAGGGUUUGGAAUGCCUUUCCUCCAGCGGCGUGGUGGGCACAGCAUGCUGCGGUGCUCAGGCUUGGACCAGUAUCCUGUACAUCUUCGGAGACUUGCCUUGACCAACACAAAGGAAAAAAGGGAAAAUUUUCUAAAGCACUGCCAUGAACUAGAAUGGGCAUAAGACAGAGGGAUUCAGUUACCUACCUGAGCACUUUCCAGGCAUGACAUAGACAGUUUGCAAGGUCCAUUUCUGGUGUGAGGAGAGGAGGUCAGAGCCAAGCCAGUGUGAUGUAGAUCACGCUUCGCCACAGAGCCCUAUAUUAAUAGCUGGCCAGAAAUCCUGCUCUUAAGCCAUUCUUCGGGUCUAGGGUGUGUUGGAAUGCACACACCUUUUCCAGGUCACCUGGGAAGAGAAGGUGACAUAUGAGCACAGAAACUCCUGGGACCAUGCAUUUGACUUUCAGAUCAGCUGGAAAGAUAGACAACAGGUCCUGAGGGGGGCAUGGGGCUUUUUAACGGGGGCAAGAGAAGCAGGGCUACAGCUGCUACAGGGCUGCUUGGGUCUUGUAGGGAAGGAAUGGAGAAAGAAAAGACCUUUCAGAGGGCGUGUGACAGGAAACAGCUCACCCUAGAACCCUCCAGGGCAAUGUUGUGUUGAGGGUGGGGUCAUACUGCCAGCCCCUUGCCCAAGCCCUGUCCUCACUUUGCAUUUGUUCCCCUGGGGCUGGUUCGAGGUGGGCAGCCCCCUAUUCACUCCAUCACAGCAAUUCCUCCCUCUUUCCUGAUCCACUGACUGGCUGGUGGUGCUCCGGGGCAGGGGGUGGAUGGUGGGUGGGGGUUGGGGGUGGGAUCUCUUCUUUCUCAACUUCCUCAGAGCCUUGCUGGAGGCUAGCCCAAAAUCAGAUGCAGGAAGCAACCUGGGAGCACCUCGAGGACCAAAGACGCCUCCAAGGGCUCAGUCCCUCCAGAAGCGGAAUCUGGAGCCUGGCUCUUUGGACUGUGCUCCUGAGAUGCAGGGCCUGGGGGGUGGUGGGGGUGGGGCAGGCCCAGCGAGGGGUGGUGGUGCCCUGGGCCCAGGACUCCUCCUGUGGGCAGUCACACUGUCUUUUCUGCGGCUGUGCUGUACUGUCAGCAUCCCACUUACAAAUGACAAAGGUGAUGCUGAGAUUGGGGAAGUUACCCAGCGUCACACAGCCAGCCGGGGGGCAGAAUCUCCAGAAAAGAACAGAGCUGUUCUGUCAUGGAGAAUGCCUCUGCGGAGAAUAUUCUACACUGUCCUGGUAACCUACAUUUAUUUAGCACGUCUAUGUUAAGCACUUUACAUGUGUAUCUCAUUUAUUCCUCACGGCAGCCAGCCCUGAAUUAGGUACAAUUACACUUCCCUUUUAUGCAUGAGGCUUCUGGGGUUCAGAGAGUUUAAGUAACUGGCCCAAGGAUGCCCAGCUGGUCUCUGUCUGUUAGGAGUCUGGACUUGAACCUAGGUCUGUCUGGCUCAAAGAAGGCCGCAGAGGCUUAGGGUUUUGAGCAUUCAUAUAUGCAUAUCCCUCAGCAGAUUCAUGUUAACAUCUUAAGGGCUUUAAAGGCAGCUAUGCAAAUAGUUUUCAAAAAUGAUCCAAAGUGGCAGAGAAAAUGUACUUGGCUCCCAGCUCCCUUGGCACCCAUCCACACCCACCCACCCUGGCUCCCACCUCUUGUGUCCACACACACCGCUCCCCACCACCCCGCCCCACCCUACCCAGCUCUCCAGGGAGGGCGGCGGGGAGGGAGGCCUGGAGGGAGGACCCUUUGGCCUCCGAGUGUCCAUAUUCCAUUCUCUUCCAAGUUUCUUUUUUGUGAAGCCAUUUCUCCAACAAGAUGCAAUGAACAGAUGUAAUGUCUACACAGCGCCAGGCGAGUUCCCGAGGCCAUGGGCUGUUUGGAAUCGUACCUCAUUUAGAGACAAACUGUUCCUUCACUCUGUUGGGUCAUUGUGCUUGUGAAAGGCAGCUCUGAGUUGACCCUACUGGGGCGUCCAGUUGCUUCAAGCAGUCUGAACUUAGCUUGAACGAAGGGAGCUUUCAAUAUUGCCCAGAGGCCCCUGUCACCCACCCAACUUCACAGGUGAAGAAUCCAGGGCAUGAGAUGGAGUGAGGGGGGUUCCAGGCCCCAGAGGCAGUCACCAGCCACUUGGGGAGGACCACACUAUUUGCCAGGGCUCAGUUUCUUGUUCUUCUUGGGCUGCGUGCAGGCCAGCCCAGGCCGGGGGAGCCAGGAAAUCAUUUUGUCUUUGGAAAAGCUGAUGAACAGGAGCAAAAUGAAAACCAGCUGUUUUCCUCCUUGGAGCCAGGCCUCGCUCUUUCUGGCUGCCCCACCAGUCUUCCUGUUCUGACCGUCAAAUGCUUAAGUGCAGCUGUGAUAACCUUUUCAGUCUUGUCCCUACAGCUUCUUCUGAGGGUCCCCCCAGGUCGCAUGUUCAAAGGCCCUGUGUUUCACACAGCACGUUCACCUGAAUUACUCCACAGGCGGCUAACACAGCGCUGUGUGCCCGAGGGCCCUCCCUCCGGGGCCAGGACCCGCCAAUGGGUCCUGCAGCGUUGCCUCCUAGGUGGGGUGGGGCGGGGUGGAGGGGGCAUGGGGCUGCGGGCAGAGGGACCAAAAGAGAAGAUGCUGUUUGAGGGUGGGGGGAGAGGGAGGGAGGAGAGAAGUGAGAAGGAGAACAAUGAUGAAGAAAAGGGAUCUGGCAUUUAUUAAACAUCUACCAUGUAUCCGGCCCAGAAUCUCAUCAAAGCCUCAAAAACAAACACGACCCUGUGAGAAGAGGACCAUCAGACCCGAGUGGGGGGUGCAGAAAAGGAGGUUUGGCCUGUGGACCCCACUUGAUGAGAGUCACACAGUAGUAAAUGGAACUGGGUCUGCUGCCCGAAGAGAGUUCCCAGCUUCUUCAGCUCUUGGGAGGGUGGAGAGGGAGGGGGAGGGAGAGAGAAGGAAGAGAAACAAGGAGGGAGGGUCUCAGAAGGGGAGUCAGACCCGGGCGCUGGCAGAGGGAGGAGUUUGCCUUAAGCUGGACCCCAGGGUCAGCCUGGAGAGCAGAGCCCCGGAUGGAUGGGAGAAGAGAGAAUCCAAUCAUGAGAGCCUUGAGGGCCAUUCAGGCUCAUCCCCACCAAGUCCUCCCUGUUUCACACAGGAGGGAGCUGAGGUUGGAGAAAUCUGCAAAAGGAGGUGUGUUAGCUUGGAUGGUGUGGUCAGUGGUUUCUCAGCUCCUGGUCCUGGCCUUCCUCUCAUUCUUCCCGGACAUGCUUUGGUACUCUGGCUUUGGAGAGCUGCUACUGGGGCUGCUAUCCAGGACAUCGGGAGGCAGCUCGUCCGACCACGAAAUAAUUCAGUAGGGGAUUUGCCUGUUUCCUCUCUGAAGACGAUGUUUCUCCUGAAUAAACAGACCGAAGCAAG